GAAACCAGAGAAUUUUUGAAGCCUCAUGAGAUGAAGAUAACAGGUGAACAUAAACCAAGCAUUACAGUACCUUUACUUGUGUUCAGUGAUGAAACUAGUGGAAAUACAACAAAAAAAUGGAAUUGUCUGGAAAACGUUUCGAUGAGCUUUGCAGGCCUUUCACGAAGGGAAAUCAGGAAAAUAGAGAACAUCCAUUUUCUGUCCACAUCAAAUGUUGUGCCAUCUGUUCCACUUGGAAAAUCUAUCACCAGUGACCUACAAGGUACAUAAUGCAGUAGCCUUAUAGAAUUGUACUAUUCAUGUCCAGUUGACUUUACACAUUUCAAUAUAUUCUAACUUUCUUCUAGACUCAUGGGGACCUUAUUGGCAUUAUUUGAAAUAUAGUGUUUCCAGCUUUAAAAAAUGUGUUUACGAAAUUAAUAUGAAUGUAAUGAAGAGUAAAUUGAAUUGAGUGGAGUGCGAUUUUAGUCUGAAAACUUGUGAUUUCAGACCUAAUAAUACACACAAAGAAAUUUCUCAAUAGACCUUUUUAAAAAGUCUGCCUUAUGACAUAGUUUGCAGAUAAAUACGAUCAUUUGGCCAAUCAGGCAAGCCAAAUGGCUGUGCGGGGUUUCCAUUAUCUGCAAACUAUGUCACAAUUAAGGCUGACUUUUUAAUUAAAAAGGUCUAUUCUGAUUGGCUAAGAGCAGUGUAAUUUUUUAGUAAUACAGAGCCAAAAAAUUAAAUCCUCUAUUUUAUGUGAUAAUAGUACAUAUGAUGUUUAUAGGAAUUAUAGCAAAACAAGUCAACCUGUAUGUGCUUGAUCAGAGAAUUAAAGGGGAUUGUGUGUUAUCAAUUCAUGAAAUACUGCAGUAACAUUACCUCAUGAAUUAUUGAAUUCUAAAUUACUACCUUUCAGAAAUUGGAACUGGCAAGAUAAUGUAUGAUGAUACGAAUGAUUAGAAUGUUCUUGUGAGGUGCGCUGUCUUGAGUGUCUUGGCAGACAAUCCACAAGCUUCAGAAUUCGAGUAUCACUUGGGUAGCUGUGCAAAAAAAUUUUGCCGAAAAUGUAAUGUGAGUGGACAUGUACAGUAAAACAUUAUUUUCAUAAAUUAGAUUUCUCACACACUGCUGGCAGCUGCUAACAUGUACAGUAAAACAUUAAUUUUCAUAAAUUAGAUUUUUAAUAUUUAAAUAAAGUACAGUACAGCAUUUUUUCACACAGGCAACAAGUGACAGUGGAACUGAAAUUGGAACAAUACGAACAAAUGAGUUUGUCCAGGAAACGAUUCGCAAGAUUGAAGAAUGCAAGUAUGUAAAACUUUUAUGGAAUAAUAUUCAGUAUAAUAUAUCAUUUAUAGACCCUCCACUGUGGGAAUUUGUCAAAAUACUAUCCUAUUCCUCCGUGAUGAAAAAUCAUCACUUUGGGUAAUAUUUCGUCGAAUCCCCCUCACUCCACAUCUAUAAAUGAUAAACAUCAAGUCUUUCGAAGACAUGGAUCAAGUGAACAACAGUAGCAGAUCACUUCUUAUAAUAAAGUCUGAAAUGCAUAGUUAAUUAAACAACCCAAAAUCGUUGAAUAUAUUACAACAGUACUGAAAACCAAAAGAAACAAUUACUGCAAAGAGAAUAUGGUGUGACAGAGAAAGGUGGUGCAUUUGAUGCCCUGACAUGUUUCUGUGGACAACAGUUAGUAUCAAAUUACAGUUAUUCAAUAUAUCAAGGGGACCCAAUACCAUACAGUUUGAGAGAAAUAAUCUCUAAUUUUGCUAUUUUUUAUAUUAUACAGUAAAACACCCAUUGAAAUCCUACAUACCACACUAGGUAUUGAAAAAGAUUGCAAAGGAAAGUGGAUGUGAGGCAAUUUCACAAUGGAUCAAGCCAUGCACCAACCAUUUGUUUUGGAGUGUGACAACAACAUUCAGUGGGCAUGGAUUGGUAAUGUUAGCAAAAUUCAAGUCAUUUUUCAGCCACAUUAUAAACCGUCACAGUGAACUUCCUGAUCAACUUUUUACCAAGUGUGCACAUGAUUCAAAUAUCCAAGAUCGGAAAUGGCUUGAUGAGGGUUAGUCAAUAUAAUGUUAAAAGAAAGGAUAGAAGUGUCUAUAUUACUAACUUCACCGAAAGAAUAUUUUGCUUUCCCAAAACCUUGUCUAGUACCGGUUAUGUCUAUGGACAUCACAUUCUACUUAGCAACUUAUGCUGUAUUUUUUUUCCUUUUAGAUUCCAUUGCCUACAUCAAGAUGCAUGCAGCGUUGACUAAGCGAAGUUUGGUAGCUGGAAUAAAAAAGGCUUCUCCACUAGAGCAGACUAGUUGCCUUAAAGGCUUUCAUUCGGUAUUGAAUCAGGGUGCUGAGCGACGAUCUUGAGUGGGUGGUCAUCCUCACUUAUCUCGAAAAUAUGGCAAGCAAGAUUUCAAUUUUAAAAGACAUAUAUUUGGAAAAUCGUUUCAUAUUAUACAACAAGCUUGAAGCAAUUUUGUUUGAAGAAAUGAGAAGAAUUGGUUUACUACGGGAAAUCAGGAAAUAUACGGCAAGUUUGCUUUGAAUAUUUUUAAAAUGUUUACGAAUUUUGUUGCUUUAACUUUUUACGUAAUAAAAAACAUGAACUAUAGAAGCUCUAAGUUUCAUAAAUUACUGUUUAAUUUGAGAAAAAAUCUUAAAAUGUAAAGGCGAAAAAAUUUAUUUGAAGACUGAACUGAAAUUACCUAACAAUUUUAUUUUAUUUGUAUUAAACUUAUCAUGUUUUGUUAGGUAAAAACAGUUUAUCGGCAAAAUGUAGGUUUACUUGAAUGAACAUUUCAAAAAUUUUACGAAGCGUUUCAAGUUAAAUUUGACAUUAAAUCAAAGCUCACAAAAUGCAAAAUAAUAUACCUACAGUAUGUAUUUCGGAAAUUUAUUGUAUUCAACUAUUCAGGAUUAUUAUCAUUUUUAAACUACUGUAAUAUCCAAAUAGGACGAUUUUCUGGAAUCUAUACCACCUCCAGCACUGUUAAUAGAAAUUAAGCAACAACCAGUCACCAAUGUUUAUGGAAAUAUUCUAUAUGAGUUGUGCAACUUGUACUGCAUCGACAUAUUCUCUGGAGAAUCUACACCCUCUGCAAGAUCUGACCUUGCCAAAUUUCAAUUUUUGUAGACUAUGUUGAAGAGAUAUACCAGACAACCCUAUGUGCUAUUAGAGAUAAUACAUUGAAUAAAGCAGAAAAAGAUCUGAACUUGAUGACUCCUUUGCCAAUGAACAGCAUGCUAAACAAGCAGUCAAAGGAUGAGGCAAUCCAGAAACACAGUGCCAGAAAGGCCAUGACAACCAUUGAUGUACCUCCUACUAAUCCAGGUACAGUAUGUGUGACAAUUAAAACUAUCUUCAGUUAGACUAAAAUAAUCUGACAUCAGACAAUGUCAGUAUAUGAAUAAAAUAGGCAUAUUGCUGUGACAAUUUUCACUGUAAAGUUAGCCAUUGUUCCAACCAUAUUUGGAACGUUCAGUAUGUGUACCCCAAAUUUCUUUUAACAGAAACUCAUUGCAUAGAUACAUAAUAGAAUAUAAAUAAAUAUUGUUUUAAUUAUAACUACAUCAACUCUAUAUUCUUUUUUAAGAGUUUGACUUUGAUUUCAUAAAUAGUCUUAAUCAAGUGCUCCUGCCAUUUCAAAUAUUUAAGGAUGAGUGUCAGGGUCAUGCAUUGCAGGCUUUUAUUAUUGUAAUAAAAAUAUCUUGUUUGGUUCAUUUAAAAAAAAAAUUACGUAAGCAUUCAGAGCAGGGAUUCAUAAAGAAUGGUUUAAAUAAAUGACGGAUUAAAAAGACAUUUCCCGAUCAGCAGUCCUAGUCGGCCCAUGAAAUGGAUACCAGCAGGAAAGGAAUUUGCACCCGCAAUACACGACCCUGACACUCAUCCCUUUAAUUAAACAUAUUAAACUAUUUGGCUCCUUCUAUUUUGUACUUUAGUACAAGAAGCUCCAGUCAGUCAGAAUCAAACAACAGAGCAAAACCACACUGUUCCAUUUGUAAACAACCCAUGA